AAUGUUGUCAAACUUGUAAAUAGAAGCACUUAUCGACCGGCCGGCGCCGGCGUGUGGUUGCGUUGCCCACGCGCAGUUCGUGGUCGGCUGUUCGCGCACGCGCACCACAUCGACAUGAACUCGCUGACGGUAUUCGUGGUGUUUGCGCCGAUGGCGCUAGCGUUGCACAGCGGCGGGCUGGCCCCGUGGCGCUCUCUCAACGACAACAACAGUGUGCCGACCUUCGGCCUUGGAACAUGGCUUGGCUUCUCUGAUAAAGGGCGCGUCGAGCCUAAAGGACACGAAGUGGAAGACGCGGUGGUGUGGGCGAUCGAAGCGGGAUAUCGACACAUCGACACGGCGCACAUUUACGACACGGAGUCUCAGGUCGGCCGAGCCAUCAAGAAGAAGAUUGAUGACGGGACGGUGACGAGGGAAGAUUUAUUCGUCACUACAAAGCUAUGGAAUGACGCGCAUGCGCGCGAUGCGGUAGAGCCGGCGUUGCGUCGCUCUUUGGAGAAACUGGGGCUGGAGUACAUCGACCUGUACCUCAUCCACUGGCCCGUCGGCACUUAUGCCAACAACACGUUCGACAAUACCGACUACCUGGACACAUGGCAGGCCAUGAUGGCGGUCCGGGAUAAGGGACUGACCAAGUCUAUCGGCGUGUCCAAUUUCAACCAGCAGCAACUCGAGAGGCUCAUUAAAGCGAGCAAUGUGAAGCCUGCGAUGCUGCAAGUCGAGCUAAACCUGAACCUCCAGCAGCCCGCGCUGCUGGCGUACUGCCGCGCCCAGGGCAUCCAGGUGACGGGCUACACGCCCUUCGGCUCCCUGUUCCCGCGCAAGGCCGCGCCCGCCGCGCCGCCGCCGCGAGUCGACGACGCGGCCCUCGGCGCUAUAGCGGGGAAAUAUAACAAGACUGUACCGCAGAUCGCGCUGAGAUACUUGUGGGAGCUCGGCGUAACCCCCACCCCGAAGUCCGUGACCCGGUCCCGAGUGGAGCAGAACAUACAGAUCUUCGACUUCGAGCUCAGCGCAGAAGAGAGGCAGAAGAUGGCGUCCUUCGACAAAGGAUACCGCACCAUCGACGUCAAAUGGUGGAAGGAUUCACCGCAUUACCCGUUUGAGAGGAAUUGAGGAUUUUUUCUGUACUUUUUUUUAUUAAACGCUUUUAUGGAA